CCGUGUGCUAGGUUUUUGGAACCUAGAGGCUUAGACUAGACAAGGCUCCCCGUAUUUCCCUGCCAUAUGACUCGACGCAACGACCUCUGUCUUCGCCUCGCACAGGGUUCGAAUCUCUAGGGUCGGAUUCGGCCGCCCCAGCCGCGGUGAGGUUGCUCAGUCUGAGGAGGGCCAACGCUGUGCCUCGAUUUCUUCUGUCAUCAGCUGUCACAGUGUCGAUGGUGGAGGUGCUCCCGAUGGCCAGAGCACAGACUGUUGUCUUGAGCCUGCCCUGAGACAGCGGUAGGACAGGCAGCCAAGGCCGACGACGUCACCUGUGGAUCUACUCUUCCACUGCCAGCCCAGCACCCAAAGGCCCAGAGUUGGCAUCACCAAGAUACAAGGAGCAGGCUGAGCCAUCAGAUAGGGUUAAAUCACCCACAGAGCAAGAACCUACGCGGAGUGACCCACUGUGCCACCAGAAGGGGAGCAGGGCGGGGCACAGGAGAGUCGGCUACCUGAGCAGGCAGAGCCAGCAGCUGUGUUUCAUUGAUGCCCCCUCUCUAGGGUUGGGGCUCAGCAGUCAAACCUGAAGCCCAGUUAGAGGAACUCUUUCUGGGGACAGUGGUGACAUGCGGGCGCAGACAGAUGGAGCCCAGUCAGUGGGGAUCCCUGCCCGAUCCGUGCCUGCAGGAAAGGCUCCCCAGGCCGGCUCGCUUAGCCCUCACAGUGUGACCCGGAGCCACAGUGUGACCUGAAGACAUGGUUCAGGGAAGCCAAGAGGGCAAAAGAGUUAGGCGAGGGCCUUAGCCACACAGGAGAUGGCUCCCUGCGGCCUACAGAAGGACAGCCACCCUGAUGUUGCCAGGGAUGUGGGGAUAGAAAUCUUGGCACACCCCACCUUGCCCAGAGGGCCCUGUGCUGGGAUCUGGGGAGGUGUCACCCCCUCUGCAGCACCAGGAGCCCUGCUGAGCUGGGCCCAAACCAGACCAGCACAGAGCUGGCAAGCUGCAGGGAGCGAGGCAGCCCCAGAGCCACCCGGCCUGGCUGGUCAGUGAUGCCCAAGCUGGACCUGGGGCUCACAGCAGGCCCAUCUGGUUGCCUUAGCCCUCAAGGCCUCCAGCUGCCCUUUUGGCUGAAAAUGGGAUAGCCAAUCGAGUCCAAAACACACCACCAUCUGAGCACUGUAGAAAUGGAACCCAGCAUCAGGGCCAGGGAAUUCUGGAUGUCAAUUGAGAGUGCAGUAGGUGAUGACAGGAGCAGAAGCCAUGUUGAAGCAGCCAGGUGUCAUGCAAACUAAUACAGUGUCCCCAAGGCUUCGGCCCUGCAGGCAAGCUGGGCCAGGUGCUGCACAAUGCCCAAGGUCCAUGCUGAGCAAUUCCCCCACUGACCCCAGCCCAGUGCUUCCUCUUCAGGUCCUGCAGGCUCCCACUCAUGCCGGACAGCAUGCACAUCUGCCUUAAACACCCAGGAGUACUGCUGAAGAGCGACUCUGUCCUGUGAUACAGGAGCCUUGCUCUGUUAUCCCUCAGCCCCCGAUUCCCACGAGCAGGGACUCAGCAUCUGCUCAGCUCCCAUGAGGCUCCACAUUGGUCUGAAGGGAAGAGGGAGCAAGAACAGGAACGGAGUGCCUAAUAACUGCUUCCAUGACAACCAGAAGGACCAAAGAGGCUCACACCCAGUGGGGCAGGCCCUGCAAAGGUGACUGCAGCACACUGGAGACGGCAUCGCCCCUUCAGCCUGGCAGCUGGAGCCUUAGGGCUCCAGUGCCCAGCUGUCCUCUCCCCAGAACUGAAGGACAAGGUGGUGGCCACAUGUAUGGAUUCUCUCUGACCCAGCCUCCCUAAAUAAUGGCUGCAGAGUGGCCUGAGAAGGGCUGGGGCAGGCACACCGCAGUCUGCUGUGGACAGGUCAGAGGGAAGGCAGCAGGAGGAGGGAACUGGGACUCCCCUCUGAGGUACGGCCCAGGAAGCCCAAGAAGACUGAAGCCUGCAGCUCCCACGUCACCAUCACUCACCAUCGGAGAUCCGAAAGUCACCCACGUGCCUGCUGCCUCUUGAAAACAGGGCCACAGGUGGUAUCCAAAUGGCGCUGCCCUGCACCAGCCCCAAGCAUCCAAUCCCUGCUCAGGCUGGGGGUUGAGAAGGCUGCUUGCAGCCUUUGCUCAUGUUUAGAAAAAUUCUAUCUGUGAAUCUGUUGCCUCAUGAAACUGCAUGGUGAGGCCUGCAGAUGCACACACCCCUGAGGUGAAUGCUGGGAUCCUUUCCCGAAGCUGUUUGUGGCACAGGGAAGGAGACAGUGAUGGGAGACGAGAGAUGUCUGCUAAGGGCAGCACGGGUUGCUCUUUAGAAUAGUAGGCGUGAGCCAGGGCCUUUGCACUGAGCUGCAUCCCUGGCUCAUUCAUUCAUUCAUUCAUUCAAGUAUUGCUAAGUCACUCAGUUGCCCAGGCUGGACUCCUACUUGGGCUCCUCCUGCCUCAGCUUCCCAGAGUGCUGCACAGCAUCUUCUGUCUAUCUACUGGACUACACAGGACACAUGGGAGGAAUGAAAUCAUUCUCUUGGGUCAGAGGGACCAGAGGACCAGGUAUCUGGUAAUGUUCAGGGGACAUGGUAGUGGGCAAUGUUGGGGGACAGGAAAUGAGGUUUCCUAGUGCAGACCAGCUAGAACCAGUGAGAGCCAAGCAUCCUCCUGACGUCUGCUCCCCACUAGCCCAGCCCCCACACUGGGUCCUCAUGAGUACUCACUGGGUGGCAGUGGCAUCUUUGCUGCCUGGACUUCACCCCCCCCCACCCCGUGCCAGCCUUGUGCCACCAGCUCGCUGCAUGGACACAGUGGCUCUGAGCACUUCAGGCCAAACCACCCCCAGGCCACUUCGCCGGGGGCCUCUCCUCAGGAACUUCAUAGGGGUCGAUCUUAUCACCAAGGUUUAGGUUUCUUAUUUCGGCCUUUGAGGAGCCCGGGGCACAUGGCAUUGAGCAGGAGUGGAUUUAACAAGCAGUGCUCCUGGCCCUUCCACGCCCUGCUGCGCUCCCCUUUCUCUGAAUCCAGACGUGAUGUGGCCCGCGUUCCUUGGACUGGUGGCCGUUGCCCAGGGCCUGGUCACGGUCCCACUGAUGAGGGUCAAGUCCCUGCGGCAGAGUCUGCGUGAGAAGGACCUGCUGGAGCAGUACCCGCUGCAGCUGGCACGCGGCACAGCCUAUGCGCCCAUACGGAACUUCCUGGAUGCGGCCUAUGUGGCUGUCAUCGGCGUGGGCACACCGCCGCAGGAGUUCCAGGUGGUACUAGACACGGGGUCCGCCAGCCUGUGGGUGCCCUCCAUCCGCUGUGCCAGCCCAGCCUGCGCCACACACCGUGCCUUCGACCCUCAGCUCUCCUCCACGCUCCGGGUCUCAGGUCGGCCCAUCAGCCUGGUCUAUGGCUCAGGCAGGAUGUCAGGGUUCCUGGCCUAUGACACCGUACAGAUUGGGGGCCUGGUGGACGUGGCCCAGGCUUUUGGCCUGAGCCUGCAGGAGGCCGGCAGCUUCAUGGAACACGCAGCCUUCGACGGCAUCCUGGGGCUGAGCUACCCUAGCCUGGGCCUGCCGGGCACUAUGCCCGUGUUCGACAGCCUGUGGGCGCAGGGCCGCCUCUCGAGAAAGCUAUUCGCCUUCUACCUGAGCAGCAAGGCAGAGGCAGGCAGCAUGCUGAUGCUGGGUGGCGUGGACCCCGCCUACUACAGCGGAGACCUGCACUGGGUGCCGGUGUCCAAGCCCAGGUACUGGCAGCUGGCCAUGGAUAGCAUCUCCAUGGGCGGGAAGGACAUUGCCUGCCAUGGCGGCUGCCAGGCUAUCCUGGACACCGGGACCUCUCUAGUAAAUGGCCCUCGCCAGGCCAUUGCAGCCAUCCAGAAGAUCCUUGGUGCCAAAGGCUCCCGAAAUGGCGAGCUUGUGGUUAACUGUAGCACCAUCAGUGCCUUGCCGGAGGUCAUCUUCACCAUUGGCGGCCUCAGCUACCCAGUGCCCGCCAGCGCCUACAUCCAGAAGGGCAACAAUGUGUGCUAUAGCGGCUUCGAGGAGGAGGCUGUGGACCAGGCCUUAGGCACUGAGGUCUGGGUGCUGGGUGAUGUCUUCCUACGCCUGUACUUCUCUGUGUUCGACAGGGAGAAUGACAGAAUCGGCCUGGCUCCUGCCACUUAGGCACUACCACCCCCACCCGGCAGGCACAGAUGGGGAUCCCUCCCUGCCCUAGGGCCAGCAGAGCUGGGGGCUCUAGAGAGAAUAAAGCUCUUAUUGCAA